AUGAAAAUGCAACAUCGAACCGCCUCUGAUACUCAGCUUAUUCGCGGUCUAGCCUUAGAUCAUGGGGCACGUCAUCCGGAUAUGCCGAAACGUGUCGAAAAUGCCUAUAUUUUAACAUUAAACGUCAGUCUGGAAUAUGAAAAGUCUGAGAUCAACUCUGGUUUCUACUACUCCAGUGCUGAGCAGAGAGAUAAGUUGGUUGAAAGUGAACGGAAAUUUGUGGAUGCGAAGCUGCGCAAGAUUGUCCAGCUGAAGAAGCAAGUUUGCGGUGAUGAUCCAAAGAAAGGAUUCGUCGUUAUCAACCAGAAAGGUAUCGAUCCUUUGAGUUUGGAUGUACUUGUCAAGAACGGAAUACUUGCAUUACGCAGGGCAAAGCGUCGAAAUAUGGAACGCCUGCAGUUGGUAUGUGGCGGCACUGCACAGAACAGUGUCGACGAUCUUAAGCCAGAAGAUCUGGGAUGGGCAGGUUUAGUGUACGAACAGCAACUUGGCGAAGAAAAGUUCACAUUUAUCGAGGAGGUUAAGGACCCAAAAUCCGUUACUAUUCUUAUUAAAGGACCCAACCAACACACCAUUACGCAGAUUACUGAAGCCGUUCGUGACGGCCUUCGUUCAGUAUAUAACACAAUCGUUGAUGGUUGUGUUGUCCCAGGAGCCGCCGCGUUCCAAGUCGCAUGCGCUUCUCAUCUAUCUUCCGAAACGUUCAAGAAAACAGUCAAAGGCAAAGCCAAGUAUGGCGUUGAUGCCUUCGCCAACGCCCUUCUCAUUAUCCCCAAAACCCUGGCGGCAAACUCUGGUCACGACAUUCAAGACUCUCUAGCUGCGUUGCAGGACGAGCAAAGCGAAGGGCAUAUCGUUGGACUUAACCUGACGACGGGGCAGCCCAUGGAUCCAGUCCAGGAAGGUGUAUUUGAUUCAUUCAGAGUCCUAAGGAACUGUGUUGCCUCUAGUGCUGGCAUUGCGUCAAACUUACUGCUCUGUGACGAACUCCUCAAAGCAAGACAAAUGGGAAGGCAAGGCGGCCCGGCUGGAAUGGAUGAGUGA